AUGGGAGAGGGUAGUGUCAAAAAACGAGCGGCAUCGCAUGAUGCUCGCGAUAGUUCAGGAAAGGCGCCGAAGCGCAAGAAACUUUGGCGAACUCCCCAUCCAAACCAAAAUGUAAAGCGCACCAUUGAGAGCGGAGACGCUGGCAUUUUUGUGACGUGUGAUCGAGGAAGAGAGGGUAAAUGUACUGCUGAAAUAUUGGAUUUGUUAUCCCAGGAAAUACCAAACUCUUUGCAGGACGAUGCUGGAAAUGAAGAUGCACCGUCAAAGGAAGAUACAGACGACAUCGAGGCCCAAAUUCGCAGGGAGGUUGAAUGCAUGAAGCCAAGGAAGUCGCAUGCACUUUUCCAAGCUGUGAAGUUGGAUGUCCCGUGUUUGCUGUUCAUCAAAGUGGAUAAAACGAUUGACCCCGUGGACCUUGUCCAUCGAAUAUGCAUGGACGCGCGGGCAAAUCCGGACAAGAAGCGAAGUCGAUAUGUCAAGCGGCUCACACCAAUCACGUCUACGCGAAAGAUUCUGAGCGAAGGGCUGGAGGAUCUUGCCAAUGAGAUACUGAAGCCGCAUUUCCAUUCGGACGGUGCAUCGAAAAAGGUACCGCUGCUUCCUCCCCCAAACUCCAUGGGUCAUCCAUCUGAGUGGAGAGAUAUCAUGGCUGGAAUGUUACUGUUCAGCCAAGUGCUAAGCGAAAGAUUCGUUGGUAUAACUAGUACGCGAUUCGACCAAGCGUUCGGAAUAAUCACGAAUGGCCAAGAGACACUUUGA